GCCGACAGGUGUGCUGAUGGCCCUCGGCCGCACGCUCUAUCGAACGGAUGCCUCUGAAGUGCCGACUCCGUCAUCGCAACUCACCAGAGCGACUACCGGCGAUUGCACUCGCCAGCUCCAUUUCCAGACGAGUCUUCAGCUUCGACCAAAUCUACGAAGCCAACGCAUCCAACGAAGAUGUCUUCAGGAGCACCGCGCGUCCGCUCAUCGAAAAGUGGUUGGAUGGCUUCAACGUGGCCCUGGUGUGCGUCGGAAACUCGGGCAGCGGAAAGACUUUCUCACUUGUCGGAGGUGACAAAGGAGGCGGGCUGAUCCAACAGUGUGUGGCCUGGGUCGCCGGCCAGCAAGCCGACCUUGAGCGAUCCGGAAGGCAGAUACUGCUGACCGUUCAAUUCUUCGAGCUCUAUGGCGAACUCGUCAAGGACCUGAUCGAUCCCUCCAGGGACAACCUCGGGGUCGAAGAAGACGUCAAUAGAGGCUUUGUCGUGCGCGGACUGAGUCAUCGCUCCAUCAGCAACGCCGCAGAGAUGGGCGAGCUGUGCUUUCAGGCCUACCAGAAUCGGAGCGGCGAGAUGAGCGACCAAAUUUCGGAGCGGGCCAUCGUUUUUGCCAUCGUCAGCGCACACAACUCCCAGGCUGCUGAAGCCAAGGGAGAAUGCUUUGCUGCAGAAGUAACACAUUUUACAUUCGUUGAUCUGUGUGGGCUCGAGCAUCUCCUCGAGGAGCCAACAAAGUCUGUGAUGCGAUCUGGCGUGUUCGCCAGCCGGACAAUCAUGUCGCUAUGGAAGGCCAUGAAGCACUGCAGUAUCACGGCGAGCCCAACGUUCGACUGCCGGCAAGCCGUCAGCACACAGCUCAUGUCCGAAAUACUUGGCGGAAACACUUUUGUGGCCUACCUUGCUCACCUGAAUCCAACCGAUCCGGUGCUUCAGUCUAUGGCCAUCUUGAGCACGAGCGAAAUGAUCCAUCGAAUCGUCAACUAUCCCAUCAAGAUGGACAACUGCGCUCUCAAUCUGCUGCGGCGCUAUCGAAUUCGGCUACGAGAAGCCGAUGAACUCACCAGCAGCGAGAUACACCUCCUUCAACGACCAGAGGAGUCUGCUAAUUCGGAAGAUAUGAGCAGACGGGUACUGCAGUCCACUCGCCUGCUGACAAGUCUCCAAGACGACUACGAAAAGCUCAAGGCACGCCUCGCAGAAUACAACGAGAGGAUAGAGAAGCUGUCCGCCGCAAAGCAUUCGCUGGAGGAAAAGGUGACUGUGCUGGAAGAAGAGAAGCUCAAGACCGAGGCUACUCUGAUCGACUCUCAAAUUGAAAACUCAAAGAUCACAAUGAAGCUGAGUACGACGUCAGGCGAGGUUGAUACCAAGGUGACUGCACUGACAUCGGAGCUUCAAAGCGAACAAGCAAAACUGAGAACGGCUCGAGAAGAAAACGUGACGCUCAAGAGAAACCUGAGUCUGCUGGAAAGUCAAGCCGAAGAGACUCGCCAUCAGCUGGAGGUACUUCGUGGCCUUCAGAUUUCAACCCAGGGGGACAACAAAAAGAAAUGCAGCCAAAUGGAUGAAUUGCGAGUCGAGAUUCUCAAUCUGGUGAAUGCCAAAAAUGCCCUGCUGAAAGAAAAGGAAGAGAAGCUGGCGGAAAUAGCACGCCUGGCCAAGCACAACGAGUAUCUCCAGAAGAAGCUGGAGACACUGGAGCUUCGGGGAUUUGAGGCUAGCAGUGAAUUGAAGAAGAUCAAGCUUGAUCUGGAGAAAUCGAGGUCGGAGGAAAGCGGAAGUCGAAUCGAACUUGAACGGCGGCUGAUUGCUCUGGAGCGAGAAAGCAACGAUCGCGAGCGCAAGAUGCUGGAACAAAGGCAGCAAUAUGAAGUGGAGAUUGCGGCCUUGAAAGAAAGCUGCGGCGUCCAAAGCCAGGCGCACGAAGAGGCUCGCAAGGUGCUUGCUGCGGAAGUCCAGCAGCUCAAUGCCAAGAGAGAAAGCCUGAAUGAAGAAAUCAGCAGGAACGAAACAUUGAUCAAGAAGCUCAGCAAGUCCGAAGAAGAGUGGCGAAAACGGCACACAGAUCUGGAAAAAAAGCUUAAUGCCCAAAGAGCCGAGUACCGUCGGAGUGUCGAGGAGCUCAUCAGCCGAUUAACAAAUGAGGCUGGUAGCCAAGAAAUCUCAGGCAGGCCGCACAAGACCCUUCAGGCGAUGGUGGAAAGAAUGUUCAAGGAAAUCAUAGGGACAUAUAUGCAAAACGAGAAGUAUCUGCUCCAGCAACUUCAGGAGCUCAGGGCCAAGAAGCCGGAGGCAAGCAAGGCCAAACCAAGGCAUCAGGCCGAUGAAGAAGCCGGAACGGAGCGAGCACCCAAGACCACCGACAGGCCUGAGCACGAGAUUGCAUCUCGCGCAGGGAACAGCGAGAAGAGUGCAAAAGCACAUAAGGAUGGCUCCAGCGAAGAACUGGCGCGCUUGAAGAAGGAGCUGAAGGAAUUCAUGUUGAACAGCCAGCGCGAGCUGGAAAACGAGCGAGCUCGGCUCCUGGUUCGCUGCACCGUGGCGGAGGAGCAGGUCUCGAGACUGUCUGAGGCGCUGGAGAGCUGCCAGCGACAGUUGAUGCACCUGCCCUAGUGCUUGUCCCUACCCCGGGUCCAUUGGGUCAUAGAGUGAGCAAGGCAACUGAAGCAACGAGGCGAUCAAAGUGAUCAAGGCAACCAUUCAACGCAUGGCAGAACUACGUCAGGAUGUGGCCAUCCUAUCCGAUCAUGAUGAGAACCCGACAGCCCAUGCAGCACCAACCGCAACUCUGGAGCGCACUUGAGAACAACGGAGGAAUAUAUCCCGGUGGUUCACAACGGAUGCUGUUUUGACUGUUUGAGUCAUUCGUAUCUCUGAAGAAUUGUUCUCUGUUAUCCCCCACAGCGCUCGCCACGAAUACAUUGAUACACGGCGAUCCUACCAUCGCCGUGUGUGGUUACAAAGCA